ACAGUGAAUCUUUAGCCAGGAGGAAAUUUCUUCCUUUUAUCACGCAGAGCAAAGGUUCUUUCUGUAGCUCAGUUCUUUGAAGAACUAUUUCAACACUCUAUGUUCCAGUCUCUGCUGCCGGUUACGUGACCAGCUUCAGGGUUGUUAGAUGAUCAUGAUGGUGAAAGACGUGGUCGUGCUGUGGAUGGCGAGUCUGCUGGUGGCUUCAGCUGAAAUCUCGGUGAACGCCAGCUAUAAGAUGCUGACAAACAUUCCUACCACCUACAAUGUAAACAUAACGCAUUUAAUCCUGCACCACAACCGCAUUGUGAUGAACAACUCGGACAUACAGGCUUUAAAGAAAUACUCCAAUCUGACCGAGCUGGACCUCUCGUACAACCUCAUAGCGCAGCUGCCUGAUGGAGCUUUUUCUGCUCUCGGCAGUCUGGAAACGCUCCGUUUAACCGGGAAUAAGCUGCCAACGAUAAGGAAUGAGACUUUCAAAGAUUUGAAGAAACUCAAGACACUGGAUCUGAGCUUGAAUCCAUGGAACUGCACACAGGAGUUACUGACGCUCGUGAAGUGGAUGAAUGAUGCGGGACUACAGACAGGACCAAACGUCACCUGUGCCACUCCAAAAAAUCUGACUGGAGAAAGGAUCGUGGAUGUGCUUAAAAAAUUACCAACACAGCUUCCUCCAUCGACACGCAACACAGUCACUGCUACAAAAACCACUUAUUCUUCUUCUACAGUCACGGCUUCUACAAAAACCUUCACUACGGUCCAAAGUCCACGAUAUCAGGAGUCGAGCACGUUAAGGAGCCACAACAUUUCAAGCAAAGAUAAGUUGACUGAAGGAGAACAAAAUGCCAAGUCAGAAAUCACCAACACCUGGAAGUUCCUGACUGGAGUGAUCAUGAUCAUUCUCUGCACGUCCAUGUUCAUCGUGUGCGCCGUCAAAUCGCCCACCUGGUACAAGAUGCUCUUCGAUUACCGGCACCAGAGGCUGCACGAAAGUCCAGAUCCCGGUAUCUUUAACACGGGCCGUUACUCCAACUUCAGCCUGGACACCGAGCAGACGGAGACCAGCGCUCACGAGCUGGACCAGGGGCUUUCGGGGUCACCCGAGGACGAGGACGGGUUCAUCGAGGACGGCUACCUUGAGCCUGACGACUACAAGGAGCAUGCUGACGUGGGUGGAGUAUAAACUGAGCGAAAGGGGACACAAUGUCUGAUGUGACUGUUUAAGGUUUAACAGAAAGCAUGGUCGUAAACAGGUCCAUUUCAGGAGAGUCGAAAUAUAUAAGAAGCUGCGACUGUAGAAAUGCACGUGGUGAAAUAUAAGACCUGGAUCGUUCUUUUACAAACUGUAGAAAUGCAUUCAUCCCAAUGAAACUUCUUCAUUUUGUUCAGGAAACAGGUUCUGAAAACACUUAAUGAUGAUUUUUUGUUUCCAAUUAUGACUACAAUCUUGCCACACAAACACUUACACACUUUACAUCCUCUGAGAUUUAGCAUACGUUUGUCACAUGUAUUAAGAACGUUUUGUUUAAAAGUGUGUGUGUGAGAAGGUAUCUAGCUUACAUGCAGUACAAGCUGUUCCUCUGCAUGUCUUUUUAAAGCACACUGACGACAGACUGCCAUUAACAAGCUGUGAACUUUAAUCUUUAACCACACUAUACGGCUGUGAUUUAUAAACGCUGAUGAAUUCUCUAAUCUGACUGGUCCGAAGGUGUUUUUCUAUAAUAGCAACAUGGACAUGGACGUUUCCAUAGUGACAGCUCACUCACUGGGAUGUGUACGCUGGACACUACAUAUAAUGAAUAAAGACUAAUAAAGUAUGCGGUUGUUUAACCAACGUAAAUAUAUAGUCGUUGUUAUGGUGACGUUUCCUGUAUGGAGAUGUUUCAUUAACAUUCGUCUUGUGCGUUUUCUGCAUUUUUUUGUGAAAAAUAUUGUAAGGAAAUAUUUUAAAAAUAUUGAAAAAAAAAAGGAAAAUAAUUUUAAAAAUGCUGCAGCAAAAUCAAUCCUUUUUGGCUGCAGCAUUAUAUUCAUUUUUUACUUUUUUUAUUUUUCUUCAAAUAUUUUUGAGAAAUGUUUUUAAAUUUUGUUUUCAUUUUUUCUUUUUCCAAUUUUUCUUCUUUUUUUUUUGUGGAAAACUCCUUAAUCUGAUGAAAAUGCAAGGAAAGAAUUCUCCUUUAAAACUCCUACCAAUAAAGACACAUAUGUAAUGACGUUCUAUGAGAGCUAAUAGUAUUCACGCUCCACACACGUAAAUGGAAGAGAGAUUGGGCUGAAUGUGUUUUGUGAUGAUGUCACAUGACACGUCUUGGCUCAAAUCUCCAGUAAAUCUUUCGUCAUUCUAAAAAAAAUUAUUGCAAGCGCCUCUAAAUAUCAGGAAGUUUCUUUAGUUUCUGCUGAAAGGAAUAAAACGCAUUGAUUCGGUCAUCUUCGGUGCGGCAGUAACCCCAUCACUGAUUAUUUUCAGCACACGCCUUGGUGUUUUGUUCCUGACAGACACUGCUGAAGCUGUUCACACUAUAUUAUAUGUAUGAAAUUGAUCAAAUAAAUGUUUGGUUAUGUUAAUAAAAUGAAAUGAAUAUUC